AUGACCGCAUUGAAGAGCAUAGGGGAAACUGUCACCGGAGUGUUCCAUAGAAGGAAGACUGGGAAGGGACAGAAGGACGAAGUGCCGGAGAUUGAGGACGAUAUCGAUGCUUCUGAGUUUGAGGAUGAUGAUGAUAAAGUUGUGAAGAAACCAAAGUCGAGAAGACCAAAGGAAACGCGAUUUACACAGCAGAGGAUUGCAGCGUACAACCCUGUUCUCACACCCAAGAGAGUGCUACCUAUCUAUUUGUUUCUUGGGGUUAUAUUUCUAGUGUUUGGGGGAGUGAUGCUUAACGAUGCGAGACGCGUGGACCAGCUAUUCGUGUACUAUCAGGACUGUGACAAGAAUGCGCCAACGUCGCGGUUUUCCGAUGUCCCCGACGACCAUUACAAGUACGUGUUCCACAAGAAGUACGACAAGGGUAAUCUUCCGGUGCCCCAGUGGAGGUACGUGGCAGAUUCGAACCCUGAUCCUACUGAGCAGCAGACCGGGACGUGCCAAUUGAGAUUCUCGACGCCAUAUGCGUUGCCGGGCCCAACUUACAUAUACUACUACAUCGAGAAGUUCUACGGGAACCACAGACGGUACGUGCUUUCGUUCAGCGAGGACCAGAUCGUGGGGACCAAGGCCUCGCUAAGCCAGGUGAAAGACACGGUUGGUAUCAACUGUAAGCCGCUUGUCAGAGACGAUGCCGGGAAGAUCAUCUACCCAUGCGGUCUAAUAGCUAACGCCAUGUUCAACGACACGUUCCCAAACCAAAUGCAAAGAAUCAACCCAUCCACCGGUGCACAAACGUCGACGAUCCCACUAACAAACAAGAACAUCAACUGGUCGUCCGACAAGACCCGUUUUAAGAAGACCAAGUACGCCCCAACAGACGUUGUGCCACCCCCAUACUGGCACAAGCAGUUCCCCAACGGCUACAACGAAACAAACAUGCCCAACAUCCAUGAGUGGGAAGAGUUCCAGAACUGGAUGCGCACCCCAGCCUUCGACAAGUUCGCUAGGCUAAUAAGAAGAACCGACCAAGGUCUCCAGCAGGGCACAUACCAGAUCGACGUCGACCUCCACUGGCCAGUAACGCAGUACCACGGAAAGAAGGCCGUCUACGUCACUCACGGAUCCAACUUGGGCAGCCGUAACCCGGCUCCCGCUAUCAUAUACCUAGUCGGCGGAGGCAUAUGCAUGCUCCUGGCGCUGAUCACUUUGGUCUCCCACUUGGCCUGGGGCCGUGCAAUGGCAGACACAAGGCUCCUUUCUUGGAACAAAAUCCAGGAAAGCACUGAAACCGAAUCUCCUGCCGAACCGGAAGCCGAAUGA